AUGUCUAGAUUCGACUCCCAGGACAGUCAAAGUAACACUUUUGGAGCCAGUGACACGUUUCUAUCGCGUGUUUUUGGCCUCCAUUCUGUCUACAACCAACCCCACGACAAUUACCAGCUAUAUGAGCCUCAAACGUCCUUCUCGACACAAGACGGCAACGUGGGUUCCUCAGCGCCGCCAAGCGUCUCUAAUGUCUCAAAACCAGACAAAAACCUUCUAGAUUCCGAGCUGGAUCUGGAGUUCUCGUCGGACUCGGACCUGCCCGCAUCGCCUCUGCUCGAGCGGGCCGAUCCUGCGGCUUUCCUCUCCCGACCUGAUCCCGAAGAGCUUUCUUCUCGGCUGGCGCCCAAGUUGAAGUUUCUGCUUCCACACCCGGGGCAGAAGAAGUCCUCCGAUAGAGACCUCGAGGCUGGCCUCCCGCUCCAUACAACGCCUCAGCAGGUGUCUCACAGGAAAGAUAACGAUACUCAACCACCAAAGGUUCAAUGGCGCAGAACGCCUCGACGGGCGGUUUUCCCGCCCAAGGAACGAGCGCUUUACUUGUGGGCUAAUAUUGUCAACAUGGACGAGUUUCUAAUUGACGUGUAUUUUUAUUACCGAGGGAAAGGCUUUGCGAAUAUAGUGGCUGGUCGAGUGGUGGACAUUCUCAUUUUGGUGUUCAUUCUAUCCUUCACAACAUUCCUAAAAUGGGGGAUCGACUACGACCGGUUUUUCAACCACUGGAGCUCCAAUUCCAAUACAAACUUGACUUUGCAGGACCUAGUCAUUCCUAAUUUCUUCUUUUCCGCUGUUCCGUUCCCCGUUAAGGUGUUUCUUUUCGGUUUUGCGUGCUAUAUUGCGCUUCGUCUCGUCCAGCUUUAUCUCGACUACAAGUAUAAGUUGGCCGAGCUUCAGAACUUCUACAAACAUCUUCUCAAUAUCUCCAACGAUAUUGAACUCAUGACGAUAUCGUGGUCUACGAUAGUCGAAAGACUCAUGCUUCUCAAAGACUACAAUUCUCUAACGUCAAGCACACCCAAUGCUCCACCACAUUACAUUACAGAUUUAAACUCCAAAGUGCGUUUGAAUGCUCACGAUAUUGCUAACAGAAUCAUGCGAAAAGAGAACUAUAUGAUUGCUAUCAUCAACAAGAAUGUAUUGGACUUGGAUAUUCCUGUGCCAUCCUUCUUGUCUUCGAUUCUCUCUUCCAAAUCUGUCCUUACGAGAACCUUGGAGUGGAACUUGAAGUUGUGCAUCAAUAACUUUAUCUUCAAUGAAAAGGGUCAAAUCAACCCGAGCAUCUUGAAAGAGUCUUCUCGUAAUCAGAAUGCUCAAGACUUGAGUUCUCGUUUCAAGAUGGCAGCAAUUAUCAACCUCGUAUUCUGCCCAUUUAUUGUGGUUUACUUCGUCUUAUUGAAUUUUUUCCGUUAUUUCAACGAGUAUAAGUCAAAUCCCGCAUCUCUUCUUGGCCUCAGACAGUAUACUCCAUGGGCAGAAUGGAAGUUGCGGGAAUUCAAUGAACUUCCCCAUUUUUUCAUUAAAAGACUACACCUUUCAAUUGGACCAGCCAAUACUUAUAUCAAUCAAUUUCCAGGUGGUGUUUUGGUUAUGAACGUGAUGUCACUCGUCAACUUCAUUUCUGGCGCCAUCUUGGCAGUUUUGGUUCUCAUGGCAGUCUUUUUCGAGGAUGAAGAGCACAACUUUUGGGCUUUUGAAAUCACAGAAAACAGAAGCACGUUAUUCUAUAUUAGUGUCUUCGGGUCUGUUUGGGCGGUCACAGCCAAUUCUUUGAAUACUUCAACGACAACAAAUUCUGCAGAGAACGCCAAUACUCAAGGAGUUUCGUUUUUUUAUGAUCCAGAAGCCAGUUUACGGUAUGUUUCUCAGUUCACGCACUAUUUGCCAAGCUCGUGGAAUAAAAGGUUGCAUACGGUGGAAGUGAAGAAUGAGUUUUGUGAACUCUACAGUUUGAAGAUCCUUGUUAUCCUUAACGAAAUUUUGAGUUUGAUUCUCACUCCAUUUGUUUUGUGGUUCAAAGUAUCGAACAGCUCCAGCGCCAUUAUCGAUUUCUUUCGAGAGUAUACGAUUCAUGUGGACGGACUAGGAUAUGUGUGCUAUUUUGCGAUGUUUAAUUUCGAAGAAAAGGAUAAGAACAUGAUGUAUGAUUUGAACAAAAGAUCGCGCAAGAAACCAAUAAAGCAAGGGACAAGUAAUGCCAAAGCGAAAAGCAAGCUUUCGGAUACGGAUGAGUCCAGUAGUGACGAGAGUGAUGCUGAUUUGGGUGAUUACUACCAGGAUGAUAAAAUGAUCAAGUCCUAUAUGUACUUUCUCGAGAGUUACGGGAAAGCAGCAGAACCAAAGAGAAACGGUGCCGCUCUUGCAAGUACAGGAGUCGAGGGAAGCUCAUCCAAGACCAGAAAUGCUCCGGUAAACAGAAAUGUUCCAACUGCACAACAAGAUUUUUCGGGCUAUGGUGGUUCGCCACUAGAAAGCAUUUAUGAGUCUGCUUAUAGCAUCAAACUGGAAAAAAUGCCGAGAAAAAAAGGCAUGUUAGGAAUGAUAAACCAAUUUUCACGACAGGGUUUUGGUUCGUGA